AUGUGGAACGACGAAGACAACAACCCAUACGGGGCAUUUGACCAACACGAGUCCCAUCUGUCCGACUCGUUGCAUUCAGCCGCCCUGUCUCCACCUAUCUAUGAGCAUGAUUCUACACCUCCGUCCAGUCGUGGUUCCAAUGCGGACCCCCCUGACUUUAUUUCCCACCCCGAAGACCUGAGUGAUCCCGAAGAAGCCGAUUAUGGCGCUGCUAGCCAGCAGUACCCUCGGAAAAGCUCCUAUGACAGCCGCAUUGAGCAAAUACUUUACGAAAACCCUGAGAUGCCAAUUCUGAUCACUGAUGCCGGCAAGAACCAUGAAGGAGGUGGAAGUUUUAUUGUGUACACGAUUCGCACUGCGGAUCUGGAAGUUCGUCGCCGAUAUUCAGAGUUCGCCUCAUUGCGCCAGACCUUGGUCAACUUGCACCCCACACUGAUUGUUCCUCCUAUCCCCGAGAAGCACAGCAUGGCCGACUACGCCGCAAAGCCGACAAAGGCCAAGGAGGACACCGCAAUCAUUGAACUAAGAAAGCGAAUGCUCGCGGUCUUCCUGAAUCGCUGUCGUCGCAUGAAGGAGAUACGAGAAGAUGGAGUUUGGUGGCGCUUCUUGGAUCCCAAUGUCAGCUGGAAUGAGGUGCUUCAUUCUCAUCCGGCGUCAUCUGUUCCCAAGAACAAUCUCAAGGCGCCUCCACUCGACCCCGCAAACCCCACACAGGCACACGGCUGGCUUCCGGUGCCAUCUUCGUCCGCCAAGCUAAAGCAUGGUUCCUCAUCAAACGGAGGAGCACCAAAUUCCCCCGGCGAAGGUGCUGAAUCAACUGUAGUCAAUCCUGGUGCGGAUGUUCUUGGUCGAUUCCCUCCCGAGUCACGUAGGCUGAGUGAACAAGAGCUGGACCCAUACUUCAUCAACUUCGAGGCCUCGACGCGCGAGUUAGAACUGCUUCUUCAAGGGAACAUCGAGCGGGUGAACCGGCGAACGUUGUCUCAUCUCUCCUCCCUUUCGGCUGACUUGAUGGAGCUUGGCGCCCGCUACAAUGGAUUCUCUCUUUCUGAGCAGUCGCCUACAGUAGCGGCCGCUAUUGAAAGAAUCGGCCAGGCCGCCGACACUUCAUAUAUCGAGACGGAAGAGUUGUCUACCGCGCUGAGUGCAAGCUUUGCCGAGCCCAUGCGAGAAAGUGCCCAAUUUGCCAGCGUUGUACGCAGCGUGUUACGCUAUAGAGUUCUCAAGAGAGUGCAAGAAGACAUGACGAGAGACGAGUUGGCCAAAAAGAAGACCCUAUUGGAUUCUCUCGAGCGCAGUGAGCUGGAAGCCAAGCGGAUUGAACAGUAUUUGAAUCGAACAUCCCAGCAGUCCAGCGGUCCUCGGCCACAACGAUCUCUCUCCACCUCAUCUGCCAGAAGUGAUGAAGGCGGUGCUAUGUCUGAGGCCUCCAAUGAGUCUGAAUUCCCGCCCACGCACGGGGAGUCUGUCAGCGGUACUUCGCCGCCUUCACAAAGUAUGGCUUAUAAACGGCCAGAGCCCGCGCCUUCUGCUCCAUCACACCGCAAGACAUCCAGUGGUAAUUUCGUGACAAACAAGAUCUUCGGCCGGAUCAGCCACGCUAUUCAUGGCUUCGCCGAUGUCGAUCCUGAACGCACUCGUCGCGAUCAGAUUGGCAAGACUAAAGAGAGUCUCAUCCAGCUCGAGCAAGCGCUUGAGGUAUCUGAGAAAGACGUCAAAGACGCUAGCUCGGGUGUGAUGCAGGAUCUGCAACGCUUCCAGAAAGACAAGGAAGCCGAUCUGCGCCGGUACAUGGUCGCAUACGCGAGGUGUCACCUAGAUUGGGCGCGAAAGAAUCUCGAGACUUGGACCGAGGCGAAAGACGAAGUGGACAAGAUUGUCGCACGGUAG